GUUUUUGUGCGUUCAUCAGACUUGACAGCCUUCCAGCUUUUGCCUCUGUGGAGCUGUCUUUACUUAUUGUGAAACCAACGUAAGAUGGAAGGCACCUGUUUGUUUGUCUUUUGAGGAAAAACUGAGGAUUACAGUUUCUAUCAAGACUUUUUUUUUUCUUCUAAAAACUGCUGAGCAGCCCUGCCCUCCUGCCCCUGAGUGUUUGAUGGAGUUCCUGCAGAGGAGUGGUGACUACUGCCACGCUCAGCAUCCCAGUGUCUGAGGAGAUGCCCCGCCCUGUGCCCAGUGCCGACACCUGACCGCCAGGAGACGCCCACCUUUUCCCAAGCUGUACAGACACACUGAUGGGUUAACGGGCGUUGGCACAGGCCAACGCACGCCAACGGACAGUGUUCCGCCGCACCCCCGACCCUGCCCCCCUGCCCAAGUCCCAGUCCUAAUUAGGGUGAGGGUCCCAACCUGCCGACAGAGGGACUUGACAGGAUUUCCGGACACCUUUAUUCAUAAUUCUUUUUUUUUAUUAAAUAAAAUAUAUCAGUGAAAUCUGGAGAGCAGAGGAACCCUGGGGGGGGUCUACGUCGCGCGGUGAGUGCAUGCCGCUUCAUUAGAAGAGGGGGCGCACGUCCGUCUUUGUUUCGGGAGCCUGGCCCAACUUUGCGUGACUUUGUCUUACGACGCCAUGGCAAGGAUGAAUCGGCCAGCCCCUGUGGAGGUCUGCUACAAGAACAUGCGCUUCCUCAUCACACACAACCCCAACAACUCCACCCUUAGCACUUUCAUCGAGGAUCUGAAGAAGUAUGGGGUCACCACAGUGGUGAGAGUGUGUGAAAUCACCUAUGACAAAGCCCCGCUGGAGAAGGAUGGAAUCACAGUGGUGGACUGGCCCUUUGACGACGGUGCGCCUCCGCCCACCAAGAUAGUGGAGGACUGGCUGAGCCUGCUGAAGAGCAAGUUCUGCGAGGACCCGGGCUGCUGUGUGGCCGUGCACUGUGUGGCCGGACUGGGACGAGCUCCUGUCUUGGUGGCCUUGGCACUGAUCGAGAGCGGAAUGAAAUACGAAGACGCCAUUCAGUUCAUCAGGCAGAAACGCCGUGGGGCGAUCAACAGUAAGCAGCUAACGUACCUGGAGAAGUACCGUCCCAAACAGAGACUGCGCUUCAAAGACCCUCAGAACCACAAGAACAAGUGCUGCAUCAUGUAACUGCACCCGUCCCCCCACCUUAGUCUCCACUGAUGGUUCCCUUAGACUGUGACUGACCUGGACCGUGAUCCCAUGUGCUCGGAGUCACGCUCCCCCUCUCCCCCCCCACCCAAAAAAGGAGAUCCUCUCGUGUGGGACUCCUACCAAGCUCAGGGCGGCCAGAAACAAGCCUCUGAAACGUAGUCUUUGCAGGUUAAUCCCAUGCGCUGGCUAACUGCUUAGCAUACAGACGUUAUCUAGCACUGCCAGGCGUUGCUCAAGUGCUCUAGACUCUCCUGGGUUUUACAGCCACACACUGAACUGACUCCCAUCCCCACGCCUCGCUUUCUGGACUGCCCAAUGGCAUGCUCGCUUCCUGAAAGAUCAUCAUUGCCACAAAUCGGCUGCUCAUAUUAAGAAUCAUGUACCUGCGUGGGCAAGAGAUAAAGAUCAUGAAACUGUAAUGCCCUUGCCCAUGAGCAUUCUAUAUCAUGCACAUAAUUUGUUUGACUUGCCAUCACGAUGCUCAGCUGUUUUUCUUUCUAUGCUGUCAUGGUGUACGUACCACUAGAAUGGGGGGAAGCGGGAGGAGGCUGUAUUGAAAAUAGAAUAUUUUUUAUUUCCUUUUUUUUUUUUUUUUUUUUUUACACAUUUAUUGAUAGUAUUUACAGACAUCCAGCAUUAGGACACUUCAUCUACAUCUGCUGUAUGGGGAGUGUGUACGUGCGUGCGUGCGUGAGUGAGUGAGAGUGAGAGAGAAUUGUCACAUGACACACAUCAAUCCUCUUUGGGCAGUGCAGUGACCAGACCACCCAACACCCCCCCCCCCCCCAGUUCUCUGAGAUCCUGUCAGAGGUCUGACUCUCUGUGGCCAGGUACUGAAGUAACAGUGGCUCUUCGGGACAUUCCCCCCCUGAAUGUAGCCCACUUCAAAUUCGCACAUGAAAUGAACUUUAAAAUGUGGACCGUUCCUGCGGGCAUGCGUGUGUGUAUGUGUUGUAUAGCGGUGUGUUUGAAUAAAUAAAACCAGCAAACUGUA